AUGCCCCAUAAACGAGCCAAACGCUCACUACGCGACGCUCACCGUACCGGACAAGGCAUUGACAACGCUCCUGCCAAAGACCACACUGAUUCUCUAUCAUCUGAACCACUACCUAAAUCAUUCGUGAGGGCUAUCAAUGCGGUCCAUAUACGGGCGGAGUAUCGCGCUAAGCGUAAACUGCGGGAGGAAGAUGGGCCCGGCGAUGGAAAUGAGCACAAGGGAAAACGCAGUAAAACGGAAGCCAACCCAUCGGAAGCUACCAAGAUUCGCCCAGGAGAGACCCUAGCACACUUCAAUAAACGUAUAGAGGGAGAUAUGCGACCAGUUGUGCGAAACGCGAUGCAAGCCUCCCGAGCUCUACAACGGGCACAAAAGAAAACAGAGCUCGCUGCCAAACAUGAUAAAAAAGCAAAUGGCCAAAGUCGUGGCAUGGACUCGGACAAUGACAACGACACUCCCAUUAAUCACCAAGCCAAACCUGCCGACAUCUCUAGAAAGCCGAAAGACUUUCAACUGACUUCAACUGCUGCACCAAGACGGUUGAAUGACAUUGCUCAGGCACCACCAGACUUGUCUGCUCUGGUCAAAAAGGCACAAAAGAAGCCAGGGGGAGCGAAGGUCGGUGUUGGGAAAGAAAAGGCAAAGGAAGUUGUAUCACCAGCCCAGCAACUACUGCUUGCGCAAGCAAGGGAAGAGGCGAUCCGGAAAUAUAGGGAGUUGAAGGCGAAACGGCUGAUAGCGUCACAGACGACUGAUUAA